GGACUGACACUUCACUACACCACAGUGGAGCUGACACUUCAACUAACCUCAAAAACUCUUUGUUUCCUCUGGAAAAUCAGCCAAACUCAAUCAACUGGACCACUUUGUAAACCCUAAUUCACAAAUAAAACCCUUUCCCGUUCAAGCCAAACUCUGUGACUUCAAUUUCUUCCUUAGUUCAUUGAUCCAUGGACAUCAGAGUGUUUUUCAUUCUUCUUGUACUUUUAACUACAACAUUUGAUUCAUUUGUAGAAUCAAAAUAUAUAGUUUAUAAUACUAGUCAAGGUAUUGUUCCUGGGAAAAUCAAUGUUCAUAUGGUUCCCCAUACUCACGAUGAUGUUGGUUGGUUGAAAACUGUUGAUCAAUACUAUGUUGGUUCCAACAAUUCUAUUCAGGGAGCCUGUGUUCAAAAUGUAUUGGACUCUUUGAUUCCGGCUUUGUUAGCCGAUAAAAAUCGGAAGUUUAUUUAUGUAGAAAUGGCAUUUUUGGAGCGUUGGUGGGAUGAUCAGAGUGAGGAGGUCAGAAGUACGGUGAAAAAGCUUGUUAGUUCGGGUCAAUUAGAGCUCAUAAAUGGGGGAAUGUGUAUGCAUGACGAGGCGUCGCCACAUUACAUUGAUAUGAUUGACCAGACGACUCUUGGACAUCGGUUUAUUAAGAAGGAAUUUGGUGUGACUCCAAGGAUUGGUUGGCAAAUUGAUCCAUUUGGACAUUCUGCCGUGCAAGCUUACAUGUUGGGAGCACAGGUGGGAUUUGAUUCUCUUUUCUUUGGUCGGAUCGAUUACCAAGACAGAGAAAAACGGAAAAAGGAGAAGACCCUUGAGGUUGUAUGGCGGGGUUCGAAGUCCCUUGGUUCAUCUGCGCAGAUCUUUGCUGGUGCAUUCCCCGAAAAUUAUGAACCUCCCAGUGGUUUUUAUUUUGAAGUUAAUGCCGAGUCACCUGUUGUUCAGGAUAAUAUGAAAUUGUUCGAUUACAAUGUUCAAGAGCGAGUUAAUGACUUUGUAGCUGCUGCAGUAGCACAGGCUAACAUAACUCGAACAAAUCAUAUUAUGUGGACCAUGGGGACAGAUUUUAAAUACCAAUAUGCACACUCAUGGUACAGGAAUAUGGACAAGCUCAUCCACUAUGUCAAUUUGGAUGGGCGCGUCAAUGCCUUCUAUUCAACACCAUCUAUUUACACCGAUGCUAAAUUUGCAACAAAUGAAUCGUGGCCACUCAAGACUGAUGACUACUUUCCAUAUGCGGACCGUGCAAAUGGAUAUUGGACAGGAUACUUUACGAGUAGGCCAGCUUUGAAACGCUAUGUCCGCGUAAUGAGUGGUUACUACCUAGCAGCAAGGCAAUUGGAAGUCUUCAAAGGACGGAGUGAAUCUGGCCCCACGACGGACAGUUUGGCUGAUGCUUUGGCGAUCGCUCAACAUCAUGAUGCAGUUACUGGAACAGAACAGCAACAUGUGGCUAAUGAUUACGCUAAACGAUUGUCAUUGGGUUAUGUUGAGGCUGAGGAGUUGGCUGCAUCUUCACUUGCCUGCUUUGCAGAAUCGAAAUCAGAAACUAGAUGUGGGAAAACAUUGACUAAAUUUGACCAGUGUCCUCUUUUGAACAUAAGCUAUUGUCCUCCAUCAGAAGUCGAUUUCACAAAAGAGAAAAACUUGGUUAUCGUUGUUUACAACCCGCUUGGGUGGAAACGGGAGGACGUAGUUCGAAUUCCAAUCAUCAGCGAAUCAGUUACCGUACGAGAUUCAAAUGGAAAAGAAGUUGAGUCGCAGCUCAUACCUCUAGUUAAUGCUUCUGCAGCCAUUAGAAAUUACUAUGUUAAAGCAUACUUGGGUAUAACUCCAAGUGAGGCACCUAAGUAUUGGCUAGUAUUCUCAGCAUCGGUACCUCCUCUCGGUUUCAGCACUUACAUUGUCUCAGGUGCAAAAGGAGCAGGCAUUAGUUCUGCAAUGUCCACAACACUUGCAUCAAAAGGAGGUGAUAUGAAAGUUGGGCAAGGGAAUCUGAAACUCAUUUAUGAUGAAAAUGAAGGCAAACUUACUCAUUAUAUUAAUAGCAGAACCUUGGUUAAAUCACCUUUAGAAAACUCAUACAGUUUUUAUGCUGGACAUCUUGGAACCAAAGAGGAUCCUCAGGCCUCGGGAGCAUAUGUCUUCCGGCCAAAUGGCACUUUUCCCAUCAAAACUGAAGCGAAGGCUCCGUUGACUGUUUUCCAAGGACCAGUUGUGGAUGAAGUACAUCAAAGGAUCAACCCAUGGAUCUAUCAGAUCACUAGAGUCUAUAAAGGAAAGGAGCAUGCUGAGGUUGAGUUCAUCGUUGGACCUAUCCCUGUUGAUGAUGGAACUGGGAAAGAAAUUGCAACACAAAUUACAACUAACAUGGAGACAAAUAAGACAUUCUACACAGAUUCCAGUGGACGGGAUUUCAUAAAAAGGAUUCGAGAUUAUAGAACAGAUUGGGACCUGGAAGUGCAUCAGCCUGCCGCAGGAAAUUAUUAUCCUAUUAACCUCGGGUUAUACAUUGAAGAUAAAAGCACAGAGCUCUCAGUUUUAGUGGACCGAGCUGUAGGUGGAUCCAGCUUAGUGGAUGGACAGAUAGAGCUCAUGCUCCACAGGAGGCUGCUCCACGAUGAUGGUAAAGGAGUUGGAGAGUCGCUAAAUGAAACAGUAUGCGUCCUUAGUGAGUGCAAAGGACUAACAAUCCAAGGAACCUUCUAUCUCCGAAUUGAUCCUUUAGGAGAGGGUGCCAGGUGGCGCCGAUCAUUUGGACAAGAGUUAUAUUCUCCGUUCCUUUUAGCCUUCACUGAACAGGAAGGAGAUAACUGGACUAGCUCCCAUGUUCCUACUUUUUCCGGAAUUGAUCCUUCCUACAGUUUACCUGAUAACGUGGCAUUAAUAACUCUACAGGAGCUUGAGGAUGGAAAAGUUCUACUUCGGUUGGCACACCUAUAUGAGGUGGGAGAGGAUGCUGAUCUUUCUGUAAUGGCUCAUGUCGAACUGAAAAAAUUGUUCCCUACCAAGAAGAUAAAGAAGGUAACAGAGCUGAGCUUAUCUGCAAACCAACAAAGAGCAGAAAUGGAGAAAAAGAGAUUGGUUUGGAAAGUAGAAGGCGCUUCAGGAAAAGAACCGGAAGUUGUGAUAAGGGGAGAACCUGUCGAUCCUACGAAACUAGUGGUGGAGUUGGGACCAAUGGAAAUACGAACCUUCACAGUUGAUUUGGAUUACAUAUACCUGAAAGAUCAAAAUGUUUCUGUAGGUUCCUCACACAUUUAGAAUGACCGUCCUCUUCUUGUUGAUUUGCAAGUUUAAAUGUUGCAGAGAGAGCUACUCUUCAAAUAGUAGAGGUUGUAAAUAAUGUCCAGCUAAAAUAAUGACAAACUGAAUUUUUCCAUCACAA